GCCAGUUGCGCACGCGCGUCCAUUGCUUCCGUGACCGUACCUAUAAGCCAUCUUUUCCCCGAAGUCAACGCAAAAGUGAUUGUUUUUUCAACUUUAGGUCUUAUUUAAACGAAAACUUUUUAUUAAUGUCAGAGCCACAGUCCGCGCUUCUACUAAGAAAACAAUUAGCAGAAUUGAAUAAAAACCCAGUUGAAGGGUUUUCAGCUGGUCUAAUCGACGACAAUGAUAUAUAUCGCUGGGAAGUGCUUAUUAUUGGACCUCCGGACACAUUGUACGAGGGAGGUUUCUUUAAAGCACAUUUACAAUUUCCCAAAGAGUAUCCACUCAGGCCACCGAGAAUGAAAUUCAUCACAGAAAUUUGGCAUCCCAAUAUUGAGAAGAACGGGGAUGUUUGCAUAUCCAUUUUGCACGAGCCUGGUGAUGAUAAAUGGGGCUAUGAAAAAGCAUCCGAACGAUGGUUACCAGUCCACACGGUCGAAACAAUUUUAAUCAGUGUCAUUAGUAUGCUGGCUGAUCCAAACGAUGAAAGUCCUGCCAACGUGGAUGCAGCUAAAGAGUGGAGGGAAAGUUAUACGGAAUUCAAACGAAAAGUCGCAAGGUGCGUCCGAAAAAGCCAAGAGGAGUGUUUGUAGGGGCGGGGAAGAAACAAAUAUUCAAACGGAAAGACUUAUUUAAUUCUGGGAAGCCGCGAGCACUGUAAGAAUUAAAUCGAAGUUGAGCAUAACGCUAACCCGACAUCAGUGCGACUGGGGCCCGUCCUCAAGCAGAAAACAAGCGACAUAAAAAAAAAAAGAAAAAAGCGAAAAAUACAUGAAGAACGAACGAGAAAGAAUAGAAAGCGUGAUCAGGAUGAAAAUAGGACUGUCGUUCGACAGCAAUUUUGUUUUCACUCUCUGAAAAAUCGCUACCGAUUAUACCAUCCAUCGAACACACAAAAAAAGAAAAACAAAGAAUCACAAGGAAUCAACACAUCCGCAGCUCAUCUUUUACAUGAUAAAAAAUUGAAAGAGAAAAACGAAAGGAGAAGAGAGAAAAACAAAGAAACGAAAAAAGAAACUUAACAGCUAAAAACUAAUUUACGACUAUACAUAAUACAAAAAUCAUCUGUAUGAAUACUACUUUAAUAUUAAUAGUUAUUGUAAACUCGAACUAUCUCCCGCCCCGGAAUUUUCUGAAUUCCGUCGCCCAAAAAUUUUUCCUGCCAACCGCGCGCCUACCAUAAUAGCUGCUCCCACCUUUUCCGCUCUCCUGCCCCCGCCCCUUAACUCCUCUUCUUGUAAUUUAAAAUAAUGCUUAAUUUGAUCAUUUAAUAACAAUUUCCUAGCGUUGUUUCGUAUUUUCUUACUUUCGUAUAUAUAAAUAAAUUUUUGUAAAGUCAAAUGAGCAGGAUGCAAUAAUACGUCGAUGUAAAAGUGAUAAAAGGGAGUGAGAAAAGUGGGAAUAAAAAGGACUCUCGUCCUUUUCCCUCUGUGCUAAAUUCGCAACGACAAAGAUGUCAGUUCUGCUUGUUUAUCGUCAAACUACCUCGGAACGUUCCUUCGUUUCUUGCCAUAGUCUCAUUGUUCAAAAGUGAAACAUAAUUUGGUAAAAUUUUUGAAAAAUGAAAAAACACAAGAAAAAAUAAUAAACGAAGAAUUACCGGUUUACUCCUAA